CUUGAUAGGAUCACCAUGAAGAUCUUCCACAGAUUCCGAAAGAUUCUCAUGAGGCUCAUUGAUCUCACUCUCCCUUCCUCCUCCCGCCGGCAGAAGAACUCCGGCAACGUAGAGAGGUUUGAGCCGCCGAAGAUCUCGUGUAGUAGUUCUUACUACUCCUCUCACGUACACUACAGUGAAGCUAUCGCAGAUUGCAUUGAGUUCUUCAACAAAUCUUCGGCUAUAUCAUCAUGUGAUGAGGAUAAUGAUGCUUGUCAUGUAGACGAUCACGAUGAUCGUAAUUGUGAUCCUAAACAAGAAAAGAUCAACAUGAAGCUCCUCCACAAAUUCCGAAAGAGACUCAUCCGGUUCAUCGAUCUCACUCACCCUUCCUCCUCCCGCCGGCAAAAGAAGAAGUUUGAGCGGCCGAAGAUCUCGUGCGGUAGUUCUUACUACUCGUGUGACGUACACUACAGUGAAGCUAUCGCAGAUUGCAUUGAGUUCUGCAACAAAUCUUCAGCUUUGUCAUGUGAUGAGGAUCAUGAAUCUUGUCAUGUAGACAAUCACAAUCGUGAAUCGACAUCUCAAAGUUCACCCUUUUAA